CACGGAACAGCGGAACAACGGAACAGCGGAACAGACUAAAAUGCGGAACAUUGUUACUAUGGAACACACGACGCAGGAACGGAACAGCAUAAAAGACGGAACGUUUAAUUGUUGUGACUGCUGGCUUGCGGAACCAACAGUGCGGAACGGCCUAAGAAAACAAACGCUCCAAUAACAACCAAAGAAAAUUGUGACGUCACAGAUAACUUAGACUAUUAAUAAAUUAUCAAUUACAAGUAAACAAGAAAAUAUUUUUACAAAAUAAAAAUAUCAAAAUUAUAAAUAUGCGUCAGCUCAGUGUUUUAUAUCAAUAAAUUCCUGAAAUUACAUUAGUUUUUAUUUCAAUGGUGAUUAAUCUUUUAUCGUAGCAAAUUAAACCCUACCAUUGUAUAAGUCAUAGACGUUUGAGAGUGAAUAAAAUGGCAAAAUUACUAAAAAUAGUUAGAGGAUAGAAACUGGAUAGAAGGAUGAAAACUGUGUUUUCUAUCUCACCCCACCAUAAUUCACUUUUGUUUUUUAUGUUUAUUUUCUCUUUUCAAUAAAAAUUAGAGAUAUUUGUUGUUUGUUUUCCUAUUUGCAAACUGUGGAGUCUACGUCAUAAUCGCUAUCACCAUAACGCUACAAUAGCACUAGCAGCGGCAACACUUAGAGAUGCGCGAUGGCGCAGAGAAUGGUUGAUACAAUAUCUGAAAAAAACGCCCCGCUAACAACAGAUGAAGUGUGUCGACUAUUUAAUCACACUGAGAAAGUGGACGUCAUUCCGUUUCGCCCAAAAGGAGGACAAAUAUUUGUUUUCAAAGCCAAUUCGGAGGCGGAAAAAGAAGACUGGAGGGCAGACGGCCAUAGGUGGACAAACGGCAGUUCUAAAAAAUUACCUAGGAAACAACCAUUAUACAAAAAAUCAUACUUUUAUGCAAAGGGUGCAGAUGGAAAAGCCAUCACAGAUUUCAGGAAGGAUGUCUACAUUCCAAUAAACAAUGAAAAUAUUGCAGUCAUCCAUUACAUCGGCGAUGACAAACUGUCUGCACCUGGUAAACACGGUAACAGCUUAAAACAGACGAAGCUCUUCUUCCGCACGAAACCCUCGGUAAUGAAAAGGAUUGCCACUGAAACAAUGGAUCAAGUUCCUCAUAAAAUUUAUAAAGAACUAAUAACAGAACAGCCAAAGAACCCUAUACAUCAUGAAGCCAUAGAUAGACCAAGAAAUGUAAAACAAAUAGCAAAUAUUAAAGCAACGAAAGCCGCAGAAGAAAGAUUAUCCCGUGAUGCCAUCAUGAACUUACACGAAAUGGCCUUUGAAGAAAAAGGAUUCAUUUGGCAUAUAACAACUUAUCCAGAUUUAGUAGUUGUAUGUGGGAUGCGCGAAAUUAUGGACCUUUUGACGGAGACAAUGGCAUGGAACAGAGGAGGAAUUCUCCUUUCUUAUGACACGACAUUCUGUUUAGGAGAAUUUUAUGUCAGUCCUUUGUUGUUCCGGUGUUCUUUGUUUAAAGAGAACCCCACAAUUCCAGCGUUGUUCCUUUUUCAUGAACGAAAAUAUCAGACAGUUCAUGAACUAUUUUUUACCACCUUCACUAGUCUUGUGAAAAGAACAGCUGGACUACCAAUAGUUGUGGAUAUGGAGCAAGGGAUCGUAGGCGCUAUCAAGUCAAAAACUGCUUUAGCCAUCGCCGGAUGCUGGAGACAUUUACGGGAAGAAUUCCAGCGCAAAAUGAUAGCCGACGGGGUUCCAGUUAAUAAUAGGAACACAAUCAUAAACGACCUGUAUUCUCUUUUGCGCUCCCAGACUGAAGACAAUUAUUCCAUCAUUCUACAAAAUUGCGAACAAGAAUGGCCACCCAAUAUAAUGAAGUAUUUUGUCGAUAAUAUCCACACCAAAAGGGAGCAUUUUGGGAUCUGGUCAAUUUCCGGGAAGUUUGGGGCAUAUAUCACCGAUCAGGGAAUAACAACAAACCAGUCUGAAGGAUUUAACUGGCUGCUACAAAGAGGUAAAAGUGGACUUGGCACUUACACCUUGCUCCCGGAAUUUAGCGAUCUCAUGAUAGAUUUUAGUGGUUUUAUAAGUUACUCAUGCCAUCCUAACGACAUCAUACGAUCCAUAAAAGAGAAAAAGAUCGUUCUCCAAUCACACUCCNUGCAUCCGAAUUGA